CUAUAAUAAUCAGUCUCUCCACUCAAGUCUCAACACACACACACACACACACACACACACACACAGCAAUCAUGCAACACCCAUACACCAAUAUUUCCUUGAGAAGAGAAAGAGGAGAAGAUGAUGAAGAAGAAGAAGCUCACUUGAAUAAGCACCACCCCUUCUCCUCAGCAGCAACCUUAACUUACCAUUUUUACACCAUCCCACCACCACCCUCCCCUCCCCUCAGAGAAGCCCUUCCCCUCCUUACUCUCAGUCCCACAAGACCCUCAUCUAGAUUUCAAACUACAUCUUUACAUCCUAACAUUAAUGGACAACAAGAUUAUUAUGAAGAAGGAGAAGAUGAUGAUGAUGAUGAUGAUGAAGAUGAUGACCAACACCAACACAGACGACGACGACGACAACAACAACAACAACAAGAAGAUGAAGAUGAAGAAGCAGUCACUGUUGCUCUCCACAUAGGCCUUCCAAGUCUUAGCAGGACUGCAAGUGAUCUCAUAUCUAGACUCAACUCUUCCUCCUCCACAACUACUACUCCUACUCUCUCAAUGACCGAAGACCCUAAACAAGGUCCUCCUCAUCCUCAUCCUCCUCCUCCUCCUCCACCUCUCAUAGGAGGAAGGCUGCACAAAGGUCAAUACUGGAUACCAACACCUUCUCAGAUCCUCAUUGGUCCCACCCAGUUCUCUUGCCCAGUUUGCUGCAAGACCUUCAACAGAUACAACAACAUGCAGAUGCACAUGUGGGGACAUGGAUCACAAUAUAGAAAAGGUCCAGAGUCACUAAGAGGAACUCAACCAACAGCAAUGCUAAGGUUACCAUGUUACUGCUGUGCUCCUGGUUGUCGGAACAACAUAGACCACCCAAGAUCAAAACCAUUGAAGGAUUUCAGAACACUUCAAACACAUUACAAGAGAAAGCAUGGAAUCAAGCCUUUCAUGUGUCGAAAAUGUGGCAAGGCUUUUGCUGUCCGUGGAGACUGGAGAACUCAUGAGAAGAACUGUGGCAAGCUUUGGUAUUGCUCUUGUGGAUCAGAUUUCAAGCACAAGAGGUCUCUCAAAGAUCAUAUCAAGGCUUUUGGUCAUGGUCAUGGUGCUUUAGGUAUUGACUGCUUCGAUGAGGAUGAUGAACCUUCGUCCGAGAUCGAACAAGAUUAAUUGAUACUUUAUAUCUACCUACCAAUCAAUUAAUUUCAAUCCAUGAUCAUGACAAAGAAGAAAGAGAAGAUGAUGAUGAUGAUGGGGAUGGAUAAUUUAGUAUCUUGUUGAUGAGUUUUAUAGUUUGAUAUGUUCAUGAUCAUUUAUCCAAAUAUAGAGCAAAACACAAAGAUGUGAAGCCCAUCCCUGAUGAGUGAAUGAAUGCUCUAUAUAUGCUUUGUUAAUCUUGGAAAUGGACUUGUGGUAAUUGGUUUAGUUACCUUUUUCGCAAAGUUUUCAUUUCUUUUAUAUAUA